AGUUACUUUUAAUACACUGCUUGUGGCGCUCAUUCACACAUGGCUUUAAGAAACAUGUCCCAUUAUAGUGAGUAGGCUUGUUGUUCAAACAGUACAUUCCCCUAAGUGGCACCUAGAACACACAGAGAACCGAACCCUGUCAGGGCCAGGUGCUCACAUCAUGUAGACCCAUUUAAAGUUGGUGUUCAUUUAGUAUUUUACCUGUUUUACAAUGAAAUCUGUUCUAUUGACUCCUUUUUAUUUUUAUGUAUUACAUUUCAUCAUUUCUAUUUCUCCAUUGGUUUUCUGGUCACACUUGUUCUGGCUGACUGCUUGUCAGUCAUGUGAAGCCGUGAACCACCAAACUGUUCGUGCUGUGUGAUACGAGAUGACAGCGCACGUGUUUCCCUCUCCAGCUCAGUACUUUCUGAUGUUCUUCUUGUUACUUGAAUUUUAUGCACUGUGUGUACUGUGUUAUGUAUUGAAUUUUAUAUUUACUCUUGUAUAUUAUACACUGACAUUGUACGAUUCAAAUGUUAUUUCUGUUACGAUUACUCUUAUUAUGACUCUGUCCUCGAUACCAAUGUGCAAAGUGAUUUUUCACUUUCAUUGUGAUACAUUUGCAAUGACAAUAACGUGACUGACUGACUGAACCUGUAGGACUGUGCUAUAUAAAUACAGGCUGGCUGACUGAUGGUUGGCUGAAGCACAGAAGCAAAAGGCUGCCUGGCAGGAAACUGUGCACGGGCAACAACAAAGGCCUAUGCAACCAGUUUGCUUCCACUUGAAAUGUCGCAAAACUGUGAAUUAAUUUCUGCAACAAGGCAAAAGAAUAAAUAAAUACAAAAGGGAAGCAAGCGUCAUGUGAAGCAGACGUCAGGUGUUACAGGUCAUUUCCCAGCAGCUGGUUUCCUCUGAUCUCUGAGAUGUAGGUCAGUGACCUCAGUAUGUCCUGUGUUUCUUUCCUUCUUGCUCAAGGAGGAUUUGUUGGGUUUUCCUCUAUAACAAUAAUAGUAACAGUAAGGUCUAGACCUUACACAUAAAGUCGAAUUGAAUUAUCUUCAUUUUGUAUUUUAGCGUGUAGUUCAAACAUGCCACCUGAAGAUGUCGCUGCCCCCUCCCUUUGCAGAGACUCACAAAGCUCCGGUCCUCUCAGUGAGUGGACCCCCUUUAUUCUAUCAGGACAGCGGGGAAUGGGACAGACAGAGACAGAGGUGGGCAGAGGUGUGACAGACAGAGGCAGGGGGAGACUCGGAGCCACUUGGCAUCUGCCAGUCCUUAUUUUUAUUUAGGAAUUUCAGAGCGGGGAAAGCUGGAGCAGCAGUAGUUUGUGGUGCGUAACCGGGAUAGGUCGCUCUCUAUACUCUCAGGAGUUGUGCCACACUUUCAGACUGAGCGGUUUAUUUGGAGGUAGUGUCCUGGGUGGAGUUUUCCUUGCCUCCGCUACGGCCCCUUAGGUGCACGGAUUACAAUGCAAAGGAUUUUGGAUGUGUGGGUCACCUUGGUGACAGUUUCUGCGCUGACCAACGGGGGUUUUGCGGGAUACGGGCUGAGCAUGUUUGCUGCGCAGUCCUCACCUCCAGAUCCGUGCUAUGACGAGAACGGGAACCCGCGGAGAUGCAUCCCCGACUUCGUCAACUCCGCUUUUGGGAAGGACGUGCGCGUAUCCAGCACUUGCGGCAACCCCGCCGCCAGGUACUGUGUGGUGACCGAGAAGGGCGAGGAGAGGACGAGGGACUGUCACACGUGCGACGCCGGGGAUCCCAAGAAGUCCCAUCCGCCUGCGUACUUAACAGACCUCAACAACCCCCACAACCUCACCUGCUGGCAGUCGGAGAACUACCUGCAGUAUCCGCAGAACGUCACCCUCACCUUGUCUCUGGGCAAAAAAUUUGAAGUGACCUAUGUGAGCCUCCAGUUCUGCUCACCAAGACCCGAGUCCAUGGCCAUCUACAAGUCCAUGGACUACGGCAAAUCAUGGGUGCCGUUUCAGUUUUAUUCCACACAGUGCAAGAAGAUGUACAACAGACAGAACAAGGCAACAAUCACCAAGCAGAACGAGCAAGAAGCCAUCUGCACGGACUCCCACACGGACAUGCACCCUCUGACCGGCGGGCUCAUCGCUUUCAGCACCCUGGACGGUAGACCGUCGGCGCACGACUUCGACAACUCCCCGGUGCUGCAGGACUGGGUAACGGCCACCGACAUCAAGGUGAUCUUUAGCCGACUUCACACUUUCGGAGACGAGAACGAGGACGACUCGGAGCUGGCCCGUGACUCCUACUUUUACGCCGUGUCGGACCUGCAGGUCGGAGGACGUUGCAAGUGCAACGGACACGCUUCCAAAUGCGUCAAGGACAGAGAAGGAAAUCUGGUUUGUGAGUGCAAACACAACACAGCGGGACCGGAGUGCGACAGGUGCAAACCUUUCCACUACGACCGACCCUGGCAGCGCGCAACGGCCAGAGAAGCCAAUGAGUGUGUCGCCUGCCACUGUAACCUGCACGCCCGCCGCUGCCGCUUCAACAUGGAGCUGUACAAGCUGUCCGGCCGGAGAAGCGGUGGCGUCUGCCUCAACUGUCGUCACAACACAGCAGGACGCCACUGUCACUACUGCAAGGAGGGCUACUACAGGGACAUGACCAAGUCCAUCUCUCACCGCAGAGCCUGCAAAGCAUGUGACUGCCAUCCAGUUGGAGCAGCGGGGAAAACGUGUAACCAGACAACAGGCCAAUGCCCCUGCAAAGACGGAGUGACGGGGAUCACCUGUAACCGCUGUGCAAAGGGCUACCAGCAGAGCCGCUCGCCCAUCGCUCCCUGCAUCAAGAUCCCAGCUGCAUCUCCGACAGCGGCUUACAGCAGCUACGAGGAGCCGUCAGAUUGUGAAUCUCACUGUAAGGCGUCCAAGGGAAAGAUGAAGAUCACCAUGAAGAAAUACUGUAAAAAAGACUAUGCUGUCCAGGUGCAUGUUCUGAAAGGAGACAAAGCAGGCGAGUGGUGGAAGUUCACUGUCAACAUCAUUUCAGUGUACAAACAAGGCGAACACCGCAUCCGCCGCGGGGACCAGCUGCUGUGGGUGCGUGCAAAGGAUGUGGCCUGCAAAUGCCCUAAGAUCAAGCCUGGGAGGAAGUACCUACUCCUGGGUACAGAUGACGACUCCCCCGGGCAGAGCGGCGUGGUGGCGGACAAGGGAAGCCUGCUCAUCCCUUGGAAGGACCUGUGGGGCCGCCGGCUGAGGAAGUUCCAACAGCGUGACAAGAGGGGAAAGUGCUAAAAGUAGCUGGAGAGGAGGGAGAAACAGAGAGAUUGAGGGAGAGGAGGAGGCAAAAUAUCGUCUCUAAUGAGAAGAAUGCAAGGAAGAGGAUGCGAUAAAAAAAACUGGAUGAAUAAAGCAGGAGGAGGAAUGAAUGAGUGCUGCUGCUCUGAGUCGGAGCAAAGAGAUUAGUGUUUUUAGGAACUUUUGUGAAGGAGCUCAUUCUACAUUUUUCUGUUUCUGUUUGUCGAGGUCUGUUUUGUUGUGUAAUUGCAGAGUUUGCACCUAAUGUUACAGACAUGUCACAUCAUAUCCAUUUACCCAUGAUGCCGUUGUUUUUUAAAGUCUGUUCGGUCGUUUUAAAGAGCGACACAUUGCCUGUUUGUUUUCAGAGGAUCUGUUUUCACUGUGCUAUGUAAAGCAUGGUUACUGCAUGGCACUGAGGGAAUCCACUCAUGUAUGACACGUUGCUCCUGCAACCUGCCAAACUUUGAGGUUGUUAAAAAUUGUGACAUUGUUCCUAACUGCAGUCUCAGAGUGCCACUUUGCCUGCUCACAUGAGUGUUACCUCAGCGUUGUGGGAACAAAAUGCCAUAAUGAUCCUCUGCUCAUUCUGUAUAAUGAUCUCAGCGCUUCUCGAUGUAUCAACAGUAUGUCGUGGUUGUGACCUCUGCAAUGUAAAGUAACCAUACGUGCAUACACAGACAUUAUUUUUAGUAGAUGAUGCUGCAGCAUCAACUAGAAGUAGAGUAGACACGUCAACCAUGCACUUAUUUUUACUAGUCAGACAUUUUAGAACAUAUGAGAUAUGUUCACAUUUUAGAGAGGCACCCAAAAAGAAAAGAAUCCCAUACUGUACCAUAUUAUGAUGCAAAAGACCUGUACAAUUCAAACCCUGCUCGUCUCACUGAUGACAAGGAUAACGCGGCUACAGACGACUCCGUUUAUUCUCUAAUAAAAGGACUAAAUGAGAGCCGGAUGUCCCGAACAUCUGAGAGAGAACAGCGAAGUCUCACUUCAUCAAGCAGAGAAUACCGACCUAUCAAGCAACCCUCGAACCACUGACACCCUGCAUGCUUGCUAGUUACUGUAGCUGACUGAUGGCUAAUAAUGAUUGUGAAUUAUGUACACGUUUAAUUUGUAUACAGUAUUCAGUGUUGUGGGAAAAUAACCUGUGGAGUGAUAGAACAUCACAAAUGUUUAUUGUGAUGUGCUGUGCGUUCAGCGCACUGUGUCAAAUGUUCAUCACCUCAAAGCGCCUCAAGACUUGGUACUCAACAAAAAGGCAUGACCAACUGUCUACAUGUUAUAUAGCUGUAUAGUAGUAUUUUUAUUUUUUGUUUAACUGUCUCCAUAUGAACAUAACUGGAGUUUUAAAUACUAGAGGCUUAAUAAAUGGAAAGUGAAAUAAAUGAAUGUCAGACAAACUUGUCAUGUUUACCUGCACCUGGAGGAUCUCACACACACACACACACACACACACACUGACUUUACACAUACACAGUACAUCCCACAGACAUAAGGCUACACACAGAUACACACAUGGCUACACCUCAGUGCUCUGUGCAUCAUACUGUAUGUGUCUGUAAUUCACAACAUGCUAAUAAAGUCUCUGCCAACACACCAGCUCCAACACGUCUCCACCUGUUCUGCAGGCGUUUGCAGACCUCCGCUCUCCAUCGGCAGGAUAUCUGAAUAAUCAUCUGUUCAUGUUUAUACGUCGGCUUGUAAAUGUUGUUUAGCAGUUUCCAUUGCAAAUGUAUGUGUAAUGUCUUGUAAUACUAAUAUAUUAUGUUUAUCACAAAUGAAUAUAUUUAAUGACACAUGAAACAAUGUGGCUUUUGUGUUUUUUUUAUCUUUUACCUGUUAUUUUUAUGUUUUGCAUUGAACUGUAGACUGUAAUGAAACGUUCUGAAGUGUUUGGCUAUUGAUCAGCCUGAUAGAACUGAUUAAUUCACCUGAAAUAAAGCUGUGUAAAAAAAUAAGGGGAAUCCCAACUGGAACAACAGUUAAGUUAUUUUCUCUUCUUAUACUUAAAAAGUGU